GGUAGGUCCCGAUUCGCAAAUCGCAAUCUCGACCCUUCGCGGGGGUUUUCGAGGGCUGCGGGAGGGGUUCGAAGGUUGUGGGGUUCGUUUGAUUUCGCGGGUGUUCGCGAAAGUUCGUGAUUCGUUGGGAGAUGGUUGGCGGAGAAUGCGCGAAGAGGCGCGCGGUGGGAGGUCGCGGGUUCAAACCGCGCUCGCGACUCGAGGAGAGCCAGCCCGUGGUGGUUCGCGUAUGCCAGUUGUGUCAAGCUAGGCGAUCGAGUAGGACGCUCCUUAAUCGUUCCAUUUUCAAAUCUUUCCCAACGCCUGCCUGUUCGCUAACUAACGCCACCAAAAAACCAUCACCACCACCACCACCAUCACCGCUACCAUUUACACUUCUACUAUAUAAAUAAUACAAUAACGAUAACAACAACAAAAAUAAUAAUAAUAAUUGUAUUAAUAAAUUAAGUUUUUUUUUUUUUUCCGCCACGCGCCGCAUAUCACCGUACAUGGUACCAAAAAGAAAUAUCAAAGAUAAAAAGAAAAAGAAACGAACGAGAAUAUACAUAUUUAUAUUUUUGAACAAAAAUUAAGACAAAGAAGAAAAAAAUAAGAAAAACAAAAAAAUAGCAACAAUCACGUACGGAAAAUUGACAUGGUUUAAUACAUAUGUAAAGUAAAAAAAAAAAAUAGAAAAUAUACAUGGAAGAAAUUUGGUAGAAAAAGGAAAGGAAAAGACGUAACACAAUGCGGACGCAUCAGUAAUAAGUAAAUAGAUGUAUUAAUAAUAAUAUUGACGGUAAUGAUAUUGGUAGUUUUAAAUAAAUAAUCAUAAAUAUAAACGUAAAGAGAAAGAAGAGGAGAGAAAGGAAACUACAACAAUUGCAAGCCGAAGGAGAAAAAGCACGCGAAACAAAAAAAAAAAAGAAAGAAAACUGACAAGAAGAGAAUCACCCGCACGUUGCUUAUAUAAAUUAUUAUUUUGACAAGGAUAAUGUUACGAUAUAUAUUUGGUCAUAUUCGCCUAUAGUAUCAGAUAAAUUCUGUCUUAAAUUGUUAUUAUUGUUAUUAAAUUAUCUUUGUUUUUGUUAUAUUAUUAAAUCUAUGACUCUUUGAUUCGACGUCCUGUUUCACUUUCUACGAAAUUGUUGCCGCUGCUACAGCCGCUGUCGCUGUUACCGUUAAGUCAACACGUCAAGCGUCACCGUUACUGUCACUGUCACUACCAUCUGAAACCGCAAAUUAUUUGCUAUACGCAUUGUUAGGCCCAACAGAACCGACAACAUCGUCGUUGUUUAGGGAAAUUCGGGUCCCGAAAAGCCGGAGGUGAUUCGAUUCCCCAUAAUUCUCGUAUUAUCAACGCAAAAAUCACAACGUCGGAGGAUCGACGACAACGGUUUACGUACAGUGUAACUCGAAGAGAAGAACGAAGAAACGGGAAAAGCGAUUUACGAGGAGAAAAAGUUAACUGAGUAAAAUAAGAUUAAAAGAAAAAAAACAAAAACAAAAACAAGUUACCUGGUUUGUUUGUUAUACGCAUAAAAAAAAAAAAAACAACGUUUUGAUCUAGGGGACAAAAAAUGAAAAUAAAUAAGUUGAUCAAUUAACUAUAUAAAUAAAUCAAGAGACCGGAGACUGAGCUCUUCGAGGAUAAAUUUGACAAAGAAGACGUAAGUCGAUAAUUUGACUACACGUAAAGCAGAAUCCAAUUUCAGAGAUUUUUUCCUCAUUCUCAUCUCGGUCGAUAGACGACUAGAGAGAAAAAGAAAAAAAAUUGACAAGAAAAGAUAUUCGGAAAAUCAAUUUUCUAACUGAACGAAAGAAAAAAAUAUUUUACAAAUAUACAUAACAACAAAAAUAAAAGAGAAAGAAUCAGAAAAUAAAUAAAUAUAGCCACGCGAUAAUGAUGAUGGUCGGUUGUCAUCUAUUCUAAGUGUCAAUCAUGACAUCGACAGAGUUGUGAAAUUAGAGGGUGGGUGAAAAAGAAAGAAAUUAAAAGCGUAGUGAAACGAGAGGAAAACGAGACAAUUCACCGCUCGCGUGUAGGUUAUUUGUAAUAAACACAUCGUAGGGACACCGUUGAAGUAUUACUAGACUAAUUAGUCGUCGGACAAAUUUACAAUAAUCCACGUAUGAUAUAUAUGUAUUUAUGUAUGAAAAUUAGAAAUAUCAACAUACAUACAUACAUAUAUCCACAUACCUAUAGAUAAAAUUAUCAAUCGAUUCGUAAGAUAUUUUGUAGAUAUUAAUGAUAAUUAGGUAAAUGAGGAGGGACGAAAAAAAAAAAAAAAUAAUAAGAAUCGCGUUAAGACAAUCAAGCAAAGUAGUGAAAAUAAGUACGAUAGUUGAAAACUUAUGAAUAUAAAUGAAAUCGAAGUUGUAAGUUUUAUCGAGAAGAAUCCAUUCUACGUAUGUGAUCUCUGUAGCCUCUAACUAUAAAUUCUAUACACAAUAUAUAUGAAAAUAUUUAGUCACGAGUUGAUAUAUUAUCAGAAGACUCGAAUUCUUUGUCUGUACCAAGUCAUAUCUAGUUGAGAAAACAGCAAAGAAUGGGAAAGCGAAAAGAAUAAGAAUAAAAAAUAACGGAAAAGCGAAAGCUUUCCUUCUCAUUUCUGAAGACUAUUUGACAAUCAUUUUCACCUAGUUCUAUCAGUAAUUUGUACUUUGAAGAUCGAAAGAAAAAAAUCAUCGAUCGCUCGUAUUCUAUUCUCAAUAAUUAUUCGUAUAUCAAUAAUAAUAAUAGUAAUAAUAAUAAUCAGGUGUGCAAGAUUCAACGAUACGUACUUUUUGCCCGUGUGCUAUCUUGAAUUUAUCAGCAUAUAUCCGGUAUUAGUUGCACCAGGAUAUAAAGUAUACAUAUAUAUCAUAUUGUUAUCGAUAUUAUCAUUAAAAUCGUGUAAUAUACCGUCGCUGUACUCUGUAUACCUACGUCGUUUCAAUUACAUACGAUUAAAAUUAGAACUUUGUCGUGAAAAUUAAAAUAUAAAGAAAAAAAAUAAAAAGGAAAGGAAAGGAAAAGAAAAAAAAAAAACAGACAUACACAACUCACGCGUUUCUUUUCACGUGUAAAUGUGGAUAUAGAUAGGGUUGAAGUCAUACGCACGCGAAUGAACGAAUGAAUGAAUAGAUAAUUGAUCAAGAUUAGGGAUCAGACGUAUCGGAUGAAUCGGUAUCGAAUGCACUUGUGUGUCGAUGUUCGCGGGAUAAUUCGUUGAAUUUGGGAACACAUAUAUGAACGUGGCAGCUGAGAGAAUACAAGUAUAGUAAAAUUAUCAAUAAUAAUAAUAAUAAUAAAAAGUAACGUGGACAAUCAUAUCUCGUCUUCUUCCGCAAAGCCGAUGGGCUUUGAACCUGACGAAAGGCUCACGCUAAACCGUUGACUGCACUUGCUGUAAUAUUUAGACCCUAGCAAUAUAAAAUUAUAAAUAUUUGUCUCGAUAAGUAUUACACUUUAUAGAUGUAUUGCAUAUACAUACGAACAAAGUAUAUUUGAAAAAACUAUUUGGUUCGGUAGAUCGUAUAUAUCGUAUGGUAGGCAUUAAACCGAAGUUCCGAUUCGAAUGAAAAAUUGAUUAAAUUCACACUUAUACAUAUCGACCGUACACGAGCACGUGUAUUUGUAGACCUGCAGGCGUAAUGAAGAUAAUAAAAGAAUAACAACAAUAAAAUUCACCCGCACAAUAGAGGAGAAACAAGAAAAAGGUCGAAACCACAGAGCAACAAGUUGAAAAAUACUAAAACCCCGAGCUCCGUGGGUUUCCUGCACUUCCGUCUGCUCGUGCACAUAUCAAACACCCACACGUACUAAGAAGAAAGAAAAAAAAGAAGAAAAACCCACGAGGGAUAAAAUCGAUGAAAGGAUAGAUCAUUGUCCGAAAUCGACGCCGUUCGAAAUCACGUCGAGAUCUCCAGAGAAGCGACUCAACGUGGGAAAAGUACACGAAAUAAACCGAUCAUUUCGACCAACUUUCAGAUAUCCAAAAGUGUUGCUGACAAAAAAAAAAAAAAUAUAGAAAGUAAGUGGUGAUAUCGCGAUACCUGAGUGAAAAAAAAAAAAAGAAGUGGUUGAAGUAAAAAAGGAAAGAAAACUGUGGUGUUAUUCUCCGUCGACUUAUUAACAAAAAUAAAAAAAAAUAAAAAAAAUAAAAAGCAGAAAAACCUCUGUAAUUAUAAUCCGGAGCAUUGGCGGCAGGCAGGCAACGCUACUAAAUAAUUCGGUUCGGGUAAUAAUAACAAUAACAACAAUAAUAACAAUAAUAAUAGAAAUUCUCGGGCGGAAUCCUUAUUGGGAAUCGGUUGUGUUUCAUAAAAAUAAUAAUAAAUAGAAGAGUUCGCGUUACAAUUUUCGAACGAUCCGGAGUUUGUCAAAUCGCGAGGGUUCUCCUCCUCUCCGAUCGAGAGGUUCGCAGGGGAACACGUCAAGGAUUCAGCGCGGUGCAACUCAGACCCGGUUCACCACGUAUUUUCAUUCGUAUUCGUUCGUACCGGGAGGUGCGGUGCCCCUGCCACUGCCCCCGCCAGGGGUCGCGAGCCAUUUCCUCGGUCAACAGGGCUGCAACCUUGCUUGCACCUGUACCUACACCUGCACAGCCAGCGUAGUUUCCACCGCAACAGCCGCAGCUGCCGUUACAGCUGCGCCCCAUAUUCGCGCCCUUAACUCCGCAACUGCCACGGUGCUUCUUCAGCCCGUUGAUCACCUAAAAGACGCAAUGAGAGGAAGCGACGAACUCUUGUCACAAAGUGGAGCUGUCAGUAAUGGUGCGGCAAUGAGUCCGCAACCGCAUCAUGCCGCGGACAACAACAAUGACGCUAAAAAGGCCAAACUUGACAAAAGUCACAACGGCAAACCCUCGCGGGUUAUCCACAUCAGAAAUAUACCGAACGAGGUGACAGAGGCGGAAAUAGUUCACUUGGGAAUACCCUUCGGGAGAGUGACCAACGUCCUUGUACUGAAAGGAAAAAAUCAGGCAUUUUUGGAGAUGGCCGACGAGGGGGCUGCGGCCACAAUGGUAACGUAUUACGCGUCCUGCGUCGCCCAGUUAAGGGGAAGAGCGGUUUACGUUCAGUUUAGCAAUCAUCGUGAACUGAAGACGGACCAGACGCACAGCAACGCGGUCAGUAGUCCCACAAACAUCAUCGCCAACCCGUCCAACAACGCGAAUGCCCAGGCAGCUUUACAGGCAGCUCAGGGUCAGGGGGCCCAAGGUCAAGGCGCCGAAACGCAGGGUGGACCAAACACCGUUUUAAGAGUCAUAAUAGAGCACAUGAUCUAUCCAAUUUCUCUGGACAUUCUUUAUCAGAUAUUCACACGCUUUGGAAAGGUUCUGAAAAUCGUUACCUUCACGAAGAACAACUCUUUCCAAGCGCUCAUACAGUACCCGGACAUGGUGGCGGCGCAAACGGCCAAAUACUCGCUCGACGGUCAAAAUAUCUACAAUUCCUGCUGUACGCUCAGGAUCGAUUACAGCAAAAUGCAGAGUCUCAAUGUUAAGUACAACAACGACAAAUCCAGGGAUUACACCAACCCGACUCUUCCCACCGGAGACACGAAUAUCGACGCUGCUUCGCUGGCCCUAGGCGGUGAACUUCUUCCGCAACUUCUUCUAGGAGCUGCUGGGACGCAGCCUCGCGCCAGACUCCAAGAUGUGUUUACAGGCGCUCCGAGUGUCUUGGCAUCCCCGUUCGCGGCUAUGCACGGUUUGGCAUCACCUUUGACCGGACCUUACAACGGUGUCGCAGCGGCUGGUGGUUUGCCAGGAUUGGGUGGUUUCACCCUUGGAGCGGGAGCACUCGGAGUUAGAGUUCCUGGCAGUCCUCAACCCUCGUCGGUACUCCUCGUCAGCAACCUCAACGAAGAGAUGGUCACGCCUGACGCUCUCUUUACCCUGUUCGGCGUUUAUGGUGACGUACAACGUGUAAAAAUACUAUACAACAAGAAGGAUUCCGCACUUAUUCAGCUCGCUGAGCCACACCAAGCUCAUCUAGCAAUGACGCAUAUGGACAAGCUCAAAGUGUUUGGGAAACAAAUUAGGGUGAUGCUUAGUAAGCACCAGGCUGUCCAGCUUCCCAAAGAGGGGCAACCCGAUGCAGGUCUUACCAAAGACUAUACCAACAGUCCCCUUCAUCGAUUCAAAAAGCCUGGCUCAAAAAAUUAUCAAAACAUUUACCCACCCAGCUCAACUCUUCACUUAUCAAACAUUCCAGCAACCGUAUCCGAAGAUGAGAUAAAAGAUGCCUUUACAAAGAACGAGUUUACGGUGAAAGCCUUCAAAUUCUUCCCCAAGGAUAGAAAAAUGGCUCUCAUUCAAAUGGGCAGCAUGGACGACGCCGUUGUAGCCCUGAUCAAAAUGCACAAUUAUCAACUGAGCGAAUCCAACCACCUCAGGGUGUCGUUUUCGAAGAGUAACAUCUAACAAGAGAGGCUUCACAGCGAGCCCCAGUGGUUCCAGCCCUAUACCCUAGUUCAUUACUGGUAUCCCAGUGCUAUAUACGAUUGAUUGAUUGACGGUCACUUGGGUAAUCGAUUGAUCAAUAAUCAAUCGUUCUAUCGCAGUGAGUUUCAUGGUCGGGACAAAUAUUCAUACGAUGUGACCGUUCAUGUGAAAUGAUUUAGAGCUUCGCUUGAAAGCAAAGUAAGAUACGCCAGCCACCCGUACCUGUGGUUCCAACUUUUCAGCGCGAUAGCUGUACAGCUACCUCGUUGAUCAAGACUUAUGAAACAUCGUAUUUCCCACACCAAGUAUUGUUCCGAUCAGUUUUAGGGUGAAAAAAGGGCUUACAGUGCAGAAAUAUUUUUUCAGAUACCAGAAUCCACCCUCAAAUUCCAUUUUUUCACGCACUAAUUUAAGAUUCAGCAGUGCCGUGUGCUAAUGGAUAAUUCUAACGACUGUUCAAACAUCAGUGUUUACGCUUCCAAGUCUACAGCUUCUCGGAUAGACUAGGAUGGAAUGGUUUAAUCGGUGCAUUUUUUCAUGGAGAAUGAGUAAGUAGAACGUUCUGGUAUUUGGAAAAAAAAUUCAGCGACGUAAAGUUUGGUAAAGGGCAUCCAGCCCCUCGCUGACAAUCCCAUUCUUGUACAGAGUUAAGAAAUAAGAUAUAUAUACAUAUAUACAUAUAUAUAUUAUAUAUAUUUUACAAGCGUGACGCUAGCUGUGAAUUCCUGGCAAAACUACUAAUAAGAGUUAAGGAUUUGUAAACAUAAGAAAACAAUUUUAUUCAACAGGCAACUUUAAUUGUAGGAUACAAUAAGUCAUAAUCAACUACCGAUGCACACGAGGCAGAAGGUAUAUAAACUGACGCAACGUGAUUGCGUUCGUAGUUUUAUUCAUGUGACAUUGACUGCAUUGACUGCCUAUUACCAGAGGCAUCGAAACUUAUACCACACUACAUCAUACAAAUCAUUAAUUAUCGUGGCAGUUUUAGUUAGUGACUAUUCUGACUAUAUAAUUCUCGUCCGUAUUCGACUAGUGCAGCCAAGCCAGGUUUAUUUUACAUAUUGACUUUUUUGAUUGGAGGAAACUAAGGUCUCUACAUUCAGAUAGCCACUUUUGCAUCUCGACACAGUGCUAUUUGUUAGAUUAACUUUUUUUUUUUAUAAUUUGCGGAAAUUCAAAGCAUGCGUUACUAUAAUUUUUACUAGCUUGAUGUAGAAAACGAAUUGCCAGUUAAUUUGAGAUCAGGAAAAUUGCAGGUAUUAUAGGUGUUAUUGUUCCACGACAAAACGACGUGAGAUUUUGGAGGAUAGUUGGAAAUUAGACAUAGUAUCCGAAUUGGCAAACAAUCGAGAUCUUCUGAUGAAUUAUUAAUUGAAAACUCGUAUCUUGAUGAUAAUAAUAAUGGAGAAUGGGGAAAAAGAUUGACCAAAGUCGCAUGGUUUUGAUUUUGUCGCUACUGCAUUGCACGCAAGCAUAUCGAUCGAUGAUGUGUUUCAAGGGUUUUAUUUUUGUAAUUUGUAUUUCAGUUUGAUAAGUAUUACAUAUUUUAAUUUUAGGACUUAGAAUCGCGUAGCUUAUAUCAUAGGUAAACGAUAAAUGAACAUUGACAUAUCGCUAUCCAAGUUUCUGUAUAACAUGACGCAUUAAUCAUGUUCUGAAAGUGCAGCAAUGGAUGGUCAAUUGAUGGUGAUCAAAUAAUCUGGGAUGAAUCCUCGAUAUAAUCUGGAUUAAUUGCAUGACAUUAUAAAGUUAUUCUAAUAAAUUUUGUAUCGUAGAUCCGAGACGUCACAGAUUGUUAAGAACCGUCAGAUUUUCUACCUACCAUUAAAUCUUUAGUCAAAGUCUUGAUAAAGCGCUUGCGGACAACAUGGUAGCUAAAAGUGCUAGCAAAGCGCUGAGUAAGUUCUGUUGUGUUUGAAUAUUAUGGUCAUGUAAGAUAUACAUAUAUAUAUAUAUAUGUAUACUUAUGUAUAUAUAUACAUAUAUGUAAGUGAAAUUAAUUUUAAAUAUAAAUAUUAACUAAUAACGAUUAACGAAAUGUAGUAUUAACCGAAGGCGCGUGAUGUUCGAGUAUAAAAAUAAAUUCAAAUUAGUAAAAAUUGAGAAAUAACUAAAUUGUAACAAAAACGAUGGUCAUACCAUCAAAUGAUAUGACCGAGUUUUACAAGAUCAAAUUAUUAUUAUUGUUACAUAUGCAUAUAUAUGUAUAUAUAUACAAAUAUACAUGUGUGUGUAUAUAUAUGUAUAUACGUAUAUGUAGAUUAUGGAUGUUGAAUAAUCAUUAUAUCAAUUCAUAUGGAUCUACGGAAUAAGCCUGCAAAAGAAAAGAUAGUGUUAUUGAGCAAUGGACAUUGGACAAUUUGCAAAUCGCUUUGGACGCAGCAAAUUAAUACAAUGUGAGAUAACUUUAUUAAUACUAAAGAAACGUGCUGAACUGUGUACAUUUUUGUCUAACUGAUAUAAUAUUCUGUUGAAGUCAAUUAAAAUAACAAAAUACUAAGUAGAAACAGCGAGUGCCGGCCCAGGCAAUGUUCAUUGUGCCAAAUUAGGCUAUUUGGGAUCAGGAAAUUUUCGAAGUAAAUCCAGUUUAACAGCGAUCGAGUCAGUGUAAUCCAUGAGACAUGUAAAUCCACUAUCAUAUUUUUACUCAAUUCCGAUAAUGCAGCCAGUACACAAAUAUUUUCACCGAACUAGCUCAGGGCGUUUUUUCAUCUUUCUUUCGGUGCUGCCAUCCAUCAAAGAGUGUGUCGAAUAUUUACACGAUUAGCUAUAGUUUAUUUGCUUUCGCGAUAAGUUCUUAACAAAGAUACAUGAACACUAGAUCAAAAAAUAUCUAAAGGUGAAGUUCUAACAUUGACAUUGCUGUAAUUAUCAUUGGACGCAUGUUCAAUCUCAUAGUAAUCAGCCGACGUGAGCAAAAGAGGCCUGUCUUUGCAUCCGCGUUUCGUAUCUUUCGAAUCUCUAUAAUAUAACUUGAAUGGCCUAAAUUCUAAACACAACUUGCAUGACGCAUCGAGUCGAAAAAUGUCUGCGUUGUCGGGUAUGAAAUGAAAAUUAAAGACAAGGAGUUGAAAAAAUUUCGCUACAAAACUCUAUUACAGCAUAUUCUCUUGCUUGACUAGUUUGAGUUAAAAUUUGAUUAUAUUUGAAAUGGCGGCAUGGAAAGUCUGUACAGUCUGUAUGGGUUUCCACGCAGAGACUCUGUACUCUAACGAUAAAAUAUGAUUAUCACGCAAUCAAUCCAUCUAUUAAUCAAUGAAAUCGGUGAGAGAAAAUUUCCGAAGCCCACAUCUAAUACAACUUGAAAGUUCAGAUGGCCAGAGGUUCACUUGCACCGACUGGAAUCUUAAAUUAUUGAUCAACUUAAUAUGCCGCCAGUGCACAAAGCAACGCUUCACAACACACGCAAAAUAUAAAAACUAGUAUUAAAUUUGAUUACAAGUAUUUUUUUUUCUUAGGUUUUAGUUGUUAGUUCAUUAAUUAUAAAUAUUAUUGUAGUAUCAUUACCAUUUCUAUCGAUCGUUGCAUGAUUUCAUAGCUUGCUUAGGUGCAGUAUUCUAUCUUUUUUUUAAUAUUACCUUAAGAAUUAUCAGUUUCAAACAUUUUAUAUUAGUGUUUUUAAGUAUUAAUAUUAUUUCAGCUGCACAACUUUUAGCCUUUAAAUCUUUUGUUAAUCGCGUUGUAAUAAUGUCAAUUUGUCAGCUUCCAUUACCACAGCACAACGUAGCAGGUAAUAAUUUUAGACUACCAGUCGUCAUCCGAAAAAUUGUAUUACUAUGAUUAAAAUUUAUUUUCACUUAUUAAUUCUAUUCAUGCCUAAAACUCGUUAAAUUUUAUCGAAUUGUUAAGUGUUUUCUCAAUUACACAAAAUAGGAUCGGCUGCCCAUAUUUUGUACAAACAACAAAAAUCUCUUGAAUAUAAAUACAAUUCAUUCUUGAAACAUUUUCCUUCACUGAAAAUCACGUUCCACAUUACACAGUAACACCCCACGAGGCUAUCAUCACCUUGAAAAUUGUUCGUCCUUUGAGGGUGGAAAAAAUUUCAUGUGAUUGCACAUGUUCCCAUGUAGAUUCAUCUAUAAAUCUCGAGAUGCAAACAUUCGCAUACGUAGUAAAUUACAUUGCCACUCAAUUAUUUCCUGAGAUAGAUUCAUCGCAUGUAAUAAAUAACAGUGAUAUCUCAAUUCGGCGUCAUCCGAAUUAGGCAGCAAUUAUAAUGUAAUUAAAGUUAUAUCUUUCCAAUACUAGCUGGAUUGAGGGGGGCCGCGGUGAGAGUUGGGGUAGCCAGCACUCGCUACAAGAUGAUAGAUAAACUUGAUGCUUGAAAUUAUCACUCGAGCAAAGCCGUAAAUCUCUGCACACUUCUAAUUUCUCAAAAGAAAUUGAUAUAAUUGUUUCCGCUGUUAUCUGAAUCUAGCUGAAUUGCCCUGUUUUUCUGUGGGACUUUGAAUAAUGAGACUGAUUCGACAAAGCGUGCGCUAAUUCCGUGGCGACUGAAGUUUUAGACACAUAACAAAAGUUAGAAGAUUGAGAAACUGUGUUUAGAAAAAAUACGUGCUCGAUUGACAAGUUCAACAUACAAGUUUGACAAACAGUAGAUGAGCCUAACUUGAAGAGGAUAUAUAUUUAUAUAUAUAUUUCACCUGUACAAUUUGUACAUGUUUAUACAUGUAUGGGUACAUUCUAACAGGUGUGUCUAUUUUGUGAGUUCUGGGGUAGCGGGCAUCUCGUGCCAAAAAGUAUUGGGUAGUUAUUGUCAGAGAGAAAACGAUUGAAUUGGCAAUUUGGUACCGGCCCGUCAGCUCCACGACCGCAUCAAUAUUAUAUUUUAUUAAUAACGAUUAAGUCCUAGAGUUACGCCAUGAAUGAUUUAGGUAUAAUAAUAUACAUAACGUACACAUUAUACUGUAAAAUAUAGUGAGAAACACUAUCAGUAUCAGUAUUGAUGUAUCGUCGAGAUAGCUUUAAAGUGGUACAGUUAAAAAAUGAACAUUAAGCUAUGAAACCCCAUGAGGGUCAAAACAGGUGAAACUGCAUGCUCGAGCCAUUGGCGUACCUGCGGUGUCGAACAGGAGAUAAUUCGUGGUAUUUCAAUUCACAACAAGUUCGAGACAACAUACUAUGACUAUACUAAAAAUCAACGAUAAAUUAUAUCCACACCAAACUCUGGUGAGUCAAAGUCGGCAAGAGCAGAAAAAAUGGUGGUAUUUAUUUAAAGAGCACAUGCUGUUUGUACUGGUAUAAAUAUAAUCCGCAAAAUUUAUUCACUAUUUGGUGGUUCACGGCUGUGCCGAAAGCCUGCUGGAAUUUGGUGUGGAAAUAUAUACAACUGUGAAAGUCCACUGAUUAUUUGCGUUGGAAAAUAAAAGAAGCCUAACUUCUUUCUUCGAUUUAUCUAUAAUUAGAUGAAUUAAAGUCGGGAGAUCUUUAAACAGAGGGAAAUCAAGCAAACAAAACACUAGAAUCGUAUAUAACAUGAAAAUUAUUGAUACUAAAUUAACAUAUGAAAAAGAGAAGAGAAAAUUUAAAAAAAAAAACCAUAAAUUUAGCUAAGUUUAAAUGAUUAUAUAUAAUAUGUAAUAUGAUUAGACAGGGUUUUAAAAAGAGUGAAGAAAAAAAUAACAAAUUGUAUUUGGCACUGAGAAAUGAAAGUAAUCAUUCUCAAAGUGUUUGAAAUUAGUAAGCUCGAAAUUAAUGUGAAUACGGUGAGAAAGGAGCUCUCACCACACAUUUAGAAAAGGUUCUAUUGUUGUUCGUUGAGAGUUUGAUACAAGUUGCAAGGUUUGAUAAUGAAGUGAAUUUUCAAUGUCUGGUAUUUCAAAAGACUACACCCUACUCUAAUCAGAGGUUUGAAAAGUCACACUAAACCUAAAAAGAUGUGACUACACCUUUAUCAUCGGCUUAUCUCAUACCGCGACUAUGUCAGGCUACCGAUUUGCGACGAUAGGUUCCAGGAAAACAAACAGGUUCCUAAAUGUGAAAUAAAAAAAUUAUGACCACACACGUACACCCCCACACAUAUGCAAGUUCUCUUUUAUAAACGAAAAAAUAGACGAAGUGAAAAAUGAUGAUCAGAGUCGCGAUUUAGUUCGCUGGAAUUGAUAUUUCAGUCCUUGUAACUUUGGGACUCUGUUUGGUUGGUAGCCUAUAAAAUGAUUGCACUGUCUAUUUUAUGAAACUCUGUGAAUAUACAUACAUAUAUUUCCAUAGCACACCGUCGUCAAUGUUAGACCUGUAGGAACGUUAAGAGUCGUAGUUUGUAGGAAAUGUUUUCCAGAAGCUUAUAAGUAUUAGCAAAUUAAUUACGCCUCAUGUCCGAAGUGCGAAAUAGUAGCGUUGUUAGCGGUAACUAUUUUACCUUUUGACUAUAAUAUCUUAACGUUUAGGUACUGACAAUCACUAUUUACUAGCAACAAACCCCUUAUUGUUGCUGCAUUAAUUGUUCAACAUUAAUUUCUUAAAAUUAUCUAUCACCCCGCAGGAAAACCGUUGUCGCCCUAACUUCCAAAGCGAGAUGAAGCAAACUACUUCGUGCAUUUUCAUUACAUCGAGCAUAUUCUUUAGCCACAUUCAAACUUACUUUUAUUCAUUUCCACGCUUCUUUACUCCGUAACUCGAAUUCUGACUUCUGUGGUGUCUUUUGGGUAGAAGCUGUGGCCCAACCUGGGGCCAAACUCUCGCGAAUCGCACAGUAGUGUGUUCCAUCCUACAUUUUCAAUGCUUCAUCAUUCUCCACGGCUGUAAUUGACGAUUGAAUGGUUCCCACUGCGAAGAUUACUCCACUUUUAAUAAAUAAUAUGAAAAUUAUAAGUUCUCAACUUCUUAUCCAACAAUUAAUGAAUAUCUCUGUGAGUUUGGCUCCACGGUACUAGCCCACAGCGAUUAGGAUGCCCUUUGGGGAAAGAAUUGGGCCAGGAAUUGCGUUAAGAAUCACAAUCAGCUCGACUCAGACAAAAAUCAUUUUUUAAAUAAUAAACUGUCAGAGCGAGCAUUAACAGUUAAGCUAGUAAUUGAUUACUGAUUAGGUAGUUUACAAAGAGAAACAAACUAAGAAAAUUAAAAAACAAAAAAAAAAUAAAAAACAAAAAAAGAAUUAAAUAAAAAUUCUCAAGAAGUUAUAAUAAAAACACACAUGAAGACGAGAUGUACACACGCGUAAUGUGGGUGUCCUUUCAAUAUAAUAAAACUGUACGACACACAUCUUAUAUUGUUAUUAGCAAAUAGCGAACAAUUUAUUUUCUAUUUGUUCGUUUAUUUUAUAUAUAUAGUAUAUAUGUAUAAUAAUUUGGUCCUGUCGCGUUAAAACUUAUCAGAAGAAGAAAAAAUAGAUUAGGAAAGAGGCAGAGAAAUGAAUGGGAUUGAAAGAUGACUUUAUAAUUGUAAGCAACGGCAGCUAAAACUAUGAACGUAUAACGGAGCUAAAAAAAAGUGAAAAAAAAAAAAAGAAUACGAAUAA